AUGUGCGAUCAGACCUUUUUGGUUAACGUAUUUGGUUCCUGUGACAAAUGUUUCAAGCAAAGGGCUUUAAGACCUGUUUUCAUCCGAUCUCAACAACUCAGCUACUGUUCAGUAUGCGCAGCAUUGAUGGCAGCCGAGGGGCUGCACGAGAGCGAGACCCUGGCAUCUCUGAAGAGCGAGGCCGAGAGCCUGAAGAGCAGAUUGGAGGAGGAGCGGGCCAAGCUGCAUGAUGUGGAGCUGCAUCAAGUAGCUGAACGAGUGGAGGCUCUGGGUCAGUUUGUGAUGAAGACAAGAAGAACGCUCAAGGGCCAUGGGAACAAAGUCCUCUGCAUGGACUGGUGUAAAGAUAAAAGGAGAAUUGUGAGCUCCUCUCAGGAUGGGAAGGUGAUAGUGUGGGACUCCUUCACAACUAAUAAGGAACAUGCGGUCACUAUGCCCUGUACCUGGGUGAUGGCAUGUGCCUAUGCCCCAUCAGGAUGUGCCAUUGCUUGUGGCGGCUUGGACAAUAAGUGUUCUGUGUAUCCACUGACUUUUGACAAAAAUGAAAACAUGGCUGCCAAAAAGAAGUCUGUCGCAAUGCAUACCAACUACCUUUCAGCCUGCAGCUUCACCAACUCGGAUAUGCAGAUACUGACUGCAAGUGGGGAUGGGACCUGUGCUCUCUGGGAUGUAGAGAGUGGGCAGCUUCUACAGAGUUUUCAUGGACAUGGAGCUGAUGUUCUCUGCCUGGAUUUGGCACCUUCAGAAACAGGAAACACCUUUGUAUCUGGGGGAUGUGAUAAAAAGGCCAUGGUUUGGGACAUGCGCUCUGGCCAAUGCAUUCAGUCAUUUGAAACACACGAAUCUGAUAUCAACAGUGUCAGAUAUUAUCCCAGUGGAGAUGCCUUUGCUUCUGGUUCAGAUGAUGCUACGUGUCGCCUGUAUGAUCUCCGUGCUGACAGAGAAGUGGCAAUUUACUCCAAAGAGAGUAUUAUAUUUGGAGCAUCCAGUGUGGAUUUCUCACUCAGUGGUCGCUUGCUGUUUGCUGGUUACAAUGAUUAUACAAUCAAUGUCUGGGAUGUGUUGAAAGGAUCUCGAGUGUCCAUUCUGUUUGGGCACGAAAACAGAGUUAGUACUUUGCGUGUUUCCCCUGAUGGAACGGCUUUCUGCUCAGGAUCAUGGGACCAUACCCUGAGAGUCUGGGCUUAAUCUGUAAUAUGUCUCCUAACAAUGCAAGCUAAUAUAUGGGAUAAGUUAUAGAAUAUAAUUUGAAAUAUUUACCUGCAACUUCAUAUGCUAAGGAAACAUCUUGGUAGUUAAAACCCAUUAAAUGUCUCUGUAUGCCAUCCAA